AUGGGCGACAAUGGGCGACCCGGCGUCGUAUGUCGAUCAGCUGUUGGCAUAUCAUUCGUGAUAACGAAGCAUCUGAUUGGAAGCUGUUUUAAUAAAUCUGUCACAACAGCCUAUGGCGUGGCGGGCCUAGGCAGCUCUGCUACCUUCCUUGCUGUUGUUCCCUUGAUACAGCUUUUCCUGGACAUCUACGGCUGGAGGGGAACAAUGCUUCUACUUGGAGCAUUAUCAUUACAUCUCGCUCUCGUUGGAGCUCUGAUGAAACCACCUGCAGAUAGUGGGAGUCAAGAUGGUUAUGAGGCAGCUCUCACAGACGAGGAGCAAUUAGAGACAGAGGUAGACAAAGUGGCACCAAGCAACCGCUUUGGCUGUUCUUGUUUUGCCAAAGUCUUUUCAUUAACUAGAGAUACAUUCCAGCUUGAAGUGUUCUCAUCCAUAUCCUUCUUGCUGGUUUUAUUUGUGUUCAUCGUGAUGGAACUAACGUAUUGUUCGUGGUUAAUUUACUAUGUGCAGUACACUACUGUGUCGAAAGGAUUCACACUGGUAGACGCCUCACAUUUUGUUGUCGCAUAUGGAAUAGGGAGAACAAUAGCUUCCAUUGUGAUUGGUCCAUUGUUUCAAGCUGUGCAUGUUGUCAGCGCAUACGUAUGGCUUACUGGAUCUUUACUUAUAGUCGCCAUUUAUUAUGCUGUCGAUCCAUGGUUGACGUCAUAUUGGCCGAUUGUUGCGAGUACUUUCUUUUAUGGAAACGCUCUCUCAAUAGCUUUUAUACUCAUAGAUGUUGUCACUAAAAAGAUAUUCGGUAAAGAACGGUUGGGGCAUGCUGUGGGGUUAAUGGGACUUUCGUCAAGUGUGACGUCACUCCUUCUAUUAUGUUUUCCAGGAUUGAUUUACGACUUAACCGGAGACUACACCGUGGCUUUCAGUCUAAUGGCUGGUGUACAGUCACUGGCUGUUGCUGCUGCACUUGGUUUGCGCUGGAGGCAGAAACACCAUCCCAGUUCAUCUGAGGCAUCCCAUCUAGGAACUACAUAGUUUUUACACAUAUAUCGUAACCGAAGGGCUGCAAAACAAUGUGAGACUUUUGGAACGCUUGGUGGCAGCAGACUUACCAGGUAAAAUCCACACGGGGAAGCUAAUCGAACGCACCCGAUAUCUCCGUAAUAUUCACUACAUCAAUCACUUUAGCGGUAACAACGCGACAGGACUAAUUUGGUUUGCGGUAACACCAUGUGUGUAUCUACAAUCCAGGAGAGUUUGUUCUUUAGAGAACUGUCUUUC